UGGAGUAGACAGUGUAUAGAGAGCGCGUCGGUUCGACGUGACAAUUAGAUUUCGUUGAAGUGAAUAGAUUUGAAAAGGUACUCGUCUGAUCUAAAAUUUAUUUAACGUCUGAAUAAACGUUGAAAAAUGUCAUCGGCAGAUAUAGCCAUGCUCGUGGACAUGGGUUUCAGCAUGUCCAAGGCCGAAAAGGCCCUGGAAAUUACAGGAAAUAACGGCGUAGAACCUGCAAUGGAAUGGCUCUUAGCUCAUUCUGAUGAUACUGAACCUUCUCCUGAACCUCCCGUUGCUGAAAGUGCACCAGCUUCUGUAGCUGAUACUCCAGCACAAGAUAGUGUUGCUAGUACGGGUGGACAAGUGUCUACAACAGAAGUUGCGAAGUCAAUGAAAUGCGAUGUAUGUGGAAAGCUCUUUAACUCGAGUCUCGCAGUUGAGUUUCACGCUACAAAGUCAGGACACGAUAGAUUUUCAGAAAGUACAGAAGAAAAGAAACCACUUACUGAGGAAGAGAAAAAGGAACAAUUGAAAUUGUUGGAUGAAAAAUUGAGACAAAAAAGGAAAGAGAGAGAGGAACAAAGUAAGAAAGAAGCUUUUGAAAGGGAGAGAAAUAGAAUAAAAUCUGGAAAAGAAAUGUCAGAGGCAAGGAAGAAAUUGGAAGAAUUAGAAAUGAAGAAGCUUUUAGAACAAAGAAAAAGGGAGAAGGAAGAAGAAAAAUUAGCAAGGCAAAGAGUUAAGGCACAAAUCGAAGCUGACAAAGCAGCAAGACGUGCAAAAGCUGCAGCCGAUAACAGUCAGAUUCCUAAUUCUGUAUCAACGUUAUCGUCAUUGUCGUCAUCCUCGUCUACGUCGUCUCAUCAUAGGAAAGAUUAUAGCGAGACUAAGCUUCAGAUUAGACUUACAAAUGGAAGAACAUUAACGCAAAGUUUUGGAAGUAAGGAGCAAUUAUCUGCAGUUAGAUUAUUCGUUGAAAUGAAUCGGACAGAUGAUUGUGGACCGUUUAAUUUAAUGACGAACUUUCCUAAAAAGGUAUUCACAGAGGAGGAUUAUGAUGUACCAUUAGACGUUUUAGGGCUGGUGCCUUCUGCAGUUAUAAUCGUUCAAAAAAAGACUGCAUUGUGUUGAGUGCUAUCUAUUUCUACUCUAAUGAUCAGAAUACAAACUGUGAGCAAUUGCAUUAUCUGUAAACAUGCAAUUUAAUUGCAAUUAAGUGCUACAGGAAACAAAUUCUUUAAUAUGCGUUGGUUAUUUAAGAUUGCAGAUAAGUUUUUCAUAACUUGAUUUUCAAAAAAUGCUAUAAUUAAAAAUGCGUGGGAAGCAGAAAAUAUACGUUUGAAAAUAA